AUGGAGGCCAAGAAGCCAGCACUCCUCUCCUCCUUCUUAUUAUUGCUUCUCGUUGUGGGUACAUGUGAGCGCCCUCUCUCUCUCUCUUUCUCCCUAUGUGUAGUGAAGAAGGAGCUCUUUCUUUCUCGCUCUCUCUUUCCAUGGCUAACGAGCUGGCUGUUCUACGCAGGGGAGAUGCAGCAGACGGAGGCGAGAAUAUGCGAGUCUCCUAGCAACGGUUUGCGAGGGCUGUGCAACAAUAACAGGGCCUGUGCGAAGAGCUGCAGGGCGGAUGGCUAUUCGCGCGGGAAGUGCGUGGGAUUGCUCCGCAGGUGCAUGUGCCAGCGCCAUUGCUGA